UUCUAACCAGCUAACUAACAUGUUAACUCGCUUAACUCAAUUUCGCGCAUGUCCAUUGUGUGCAACCAAUAUGGCGGUCCUCUUGGUGCCUGUUUUCGAGAUUUCGACAGUGUUUUCAAUUCUGUCUGUCCUGUUCACGUUUAUUUCCAUGGUGGUAUUCAUCAUAAGGUUACAGCAUGACAACAGUGUGGUACAGCAGACAGGACAGAACAUCCCUGUGGUCCGGAUGCAGGCCGUCUCCAACCCUUUUGUACUAGAUGUGCACCAGCCUCGACAGGCUUCUGUCAGAGGUGGGCUGGCAGUUGAGUUAACCAGUAAAGUUCCUGCAGUGUUGAGCCAUUACUGGGGAGUCCGUAUAGCGCCGUUCCACGAGCUUCUGCAGGACCAGGUACCUGAACUCCUCCCAUCCUCCCAACAGGACAAGAUACAGGACAUCUGCUUCAGGAAGGAGGAGGACAUCCUGAUUCCUCCAUGUGAGAACCAUAUAGAGCAUGUGCUUCUGUCUGGGCAGGAGGAGGAGGAGCAGAGGUUUGGUGGUUCUCCCAGGUCUGUGUAUCCUGUAGUGCUGGUACUGAAGAGACAGGAGUUUGCUGCAGACAUGUCCAUUGCAGGGAUGAUCUCAGUAGUCCAUGUUCCUGACCCUGACUGUACAGACCCAUGCCAGGUGCUCUGUCAGUACCUGCUCACCGGUACAGGGAACAUGUAUGACUUGAAGAGAUUAUAUAUGGCUGUGGAUGACAGUGCCGAACAAACCAUGGAUGACUCUCAUCUGACCACACAAGAACCAAACCAGGAGAUGGACCAGGAGGACACAGCUGAAACAGAGGAUGCUUCAUCUACAGAGGAGGAUGCUAGGAAAGACUGUGUGGUGUGCCAGAAUGGGCCCAUCAACAGAGUGUUGCUGCCUUGCCGCCAUGCCUGUGUGUGUGACGUGUGUGCGACCCACUUCCACCAGUGCCCCAUGUGCAGACAGCACAUCGCGUCCUCCUUCUGUAUGCAGCACACAGAGGGUUCUCCACAGACAGGAGAGGAGGAGGAGGAUGGUGGAGAGGAACCUCCCAUCGUCCCCUGGCCUGGAUGGGUGGACAACAUGAUGAGGGGGCUGAACAGAUGGGUGGGGCUGGAUGAGUGAGACAGGUCCUGUCCUCGUCUGCUUUAGUCUGGGUACCAUCCGGGUAGCAGUUUGCUCCUGUGUUCACUUCUGCUACCUGUCUGGAGACCUGCACAUUCAAACUGUUUGAUCUCAGAUGGAAUAGCAGAUAUGUGACUGUAUAAAGUGUAUGACAAAUGUCUGAGUGAGAAGCGACUGUAUAUAGUGUAUAAUCAAUGCCAGGGCGAACUACUUUCCGGAUGGUGGCCAGACUACUUCUGCUUGCCAUGACCUGAAGAAUUUAUGGCAGUCACAAAAGCCACAUCAUCACUUAACAUUUGCUAAUGCGAAGAACAAAAAGAGAAAUGUAGUCAAGUCUCUAUCCUUGUACCAAGAGAGUUAAGAAUUCACAAGAAAUAGUUUCAAGUGAGCUUGUGACAAUCAUCAUAGCCUGUCAGUAUUACUUCCAACCUCUACAAGUUUUUUUAAUGCACAUGUACUUGACAAGAAAUUUGCUUUUUCAGAUAAAGAAUACUACAUGUGUGAUAUGAUAUUUUAGAUGCAUUGUAUUGUUGUAUGAUGCUGCUUUUAUCCUGUGUUCAGUGUAUUUAUGAGAGUAUUUCAAAAGUCAUGUCCUCUACGUUUUAUCAUAUUUCAUGUUUUUUU